AUGGUGACUGACUCGCCUCGCCAGGAGCACCCGAUCGUUGGCCUUGAUGAUGCACGUGAGGAAUCCUUGCCGGACAUGCCCACCAUGCACGCAGACCACGACGACGUUGAUGAGCCCGACGUUGGUCAUCAUGAGGAGACUGAGACAAAGGGGAAUGGCAGCUUACCUGCUAGCGCGAGUAUCAGUGAAGCCGCCGAUCCUCCCUUGCGGCGCGGCGCUCGUAACCGGCGCCCUCCGCCACAUUUGGUCAACCUGUAUGACACUGAGUUGGCAGGCACCUCCGUGGAGGCUUCGGCAGUUCACUACCCUAUCUCUAACCAAGUAAGCUAUCACUGA